AUGAAUGAAAAAGAAAUUGUCGCAGAAUUAGCAAAAUUACGCUACCCAUCAGAUGAAAGUGGUUGGAUUAAGAGAUCACAGAAUGGUCUCCCAAGCUACAUCAUGCUUAGAAAAUCUCUUUUUGCGAAAGGAAUCAAACCAUCAUUAACAUGGGAUAAAGAAGAUUGCUUGAACGCAUUUAAGAACGGCGAUCAAGUGUCCGAGACUAUAUUCGAAGACAAAACAACAGACGCGCUAUAUUCAUCUGUUCUGAAAACUUUCCGUAAUGAAAACAGAACUCUCAAGAAUAUUAGAGACAUUACAUCUAACUUGAUGCCCCAGAUCGAUGCUCACAUUAAGCAUCAAGAAGAAACCUUAAUCAAGAAGCAAUUAAGUAUGAUGAAGCCAUAA